AUGUUCCUGACUGUGUACCUUAGUAAUAAUGAGCAGCACUUCACCGAAGUUCCAGUGACGCCGGAAACCAUCUGCAGAGAUGUGGUGGAUCUGUGCAAAGAACCCGGCGAGAGCGAUUGCCACUUGGCUGAAGUGUGGUGUGGCUCUGAGCGCCCAGUGGCCGACAGUGAGCGGAUGUUUGAUGUCCUACAGCGGUUUGGGAGUAAGAGGAGUGAAGUUCAAUUCUUCCUUCGUCAUGAACGUCCUGGCAGGGACAAUGUGAGUGGACCAAGGCCUCAAGAUCCAAGUUUAAAAAGAAAUGGUGUCAAAAUUCCUGGUGAGCAUCGGAGGAAGGAGAAUGGUGUUCAUAGUCCAAGGAUGGACCUCACUCUCGCUGAACUCCAGGAAAUGGCAUCUCGCCAGCAGCAACAGAUUGAGGCACAGCAACAAAUAUUGGCUACCAAGGAACAGCGCUUAAAGUUUUUAAAACAGCAAGAUCAGCGCCAGCAGCAACAAGCAGCUGAACAGGAAAAACUUAAGAGACUGAAAGAAAUAGCUGAAAAUCAGGAAGCUAAGCUGAAAAAAGUGAGAGCACUUAAAGGCCACGUGGAGCAGAAGAGGCUAAGCAAUGGCAAACUGGUGGAGGAAAUCGAGCAGAUGAACAGCUUGUUCCAGCAGAAGCAGAGGGAGCUCGUUCUGGCUGUGUCGAAAGUGGAGGAACUUACAAGGCAGCUGGAAAUGCUCAAAAACGGCCGGAUUGAUUGCCACCAUGAUGGCCAGUCUGCGGUGGCUGAGCUGGACCGCCUCUACAAGGAGCUGCAGCUAAGAAACAAAUUGAAUCAAGAGCAGAAUGCCAAGCUUCAGCAACAGAGGGAGUGCUUGAAUAAGCGCAAUUCAGAAGUAGCAGUCAUGGAUAAGCGUGUUAAUGAGCUGAGGGACCGACUGUGGAAGAAGAAGGCGGCUCUGCAGCAGAAGGAGAACCUCCCAGUUUCCUCUGAUGGAAAUCUCCCCCAGCAAGUGGUGUCAGCACCCAGUCGCGUGGCUGCCGUAGGGCCUUACAUCCAGUCGUCUACGAUGCCGCGGAUGCCCUCCAGGCCUGAGCUCCUGGUGAAGCCGGCCCAGCCAGAUGGGGCCUUGGCUUCUGAGGGACUGAUGAAGAUGCAGACACUGCCAAACAUGAGAGCCGGGGCUGCUUCUCAAGUGAAAGGCUCGAAAGUCCACCCAAUUGGCCAUGAUUGGAGUCAUUCAAAUGCAGACCUUUUCCCUGGCCAAGUCUCUGGCCGGAAGAGCCCUGGGAACGUUCCAGACCAAGUUGAUGAAGGCGAGAUUCUGCUGAGGGAGAAAGAGAAGAAAGUGCGCCCCUUCUCCAUGUUGGACACAGUGGACCAGGCUGCUGGCCCACCUGCCUUCGGCACGCUGAGGAAGAACCAGAGCAGUGAGGACAUCUUGAGGGAUGCUCAGGCUACGAGUAAAAAUGGUGUUAAGGUACCACCUCCUGUUCCUUCAAAACCAAAGCAGAUCAGUUUGCCAUAUUUUGGACAAGCUAGUCAGCCAUCAUCAGACAUUAAGCCAGAUGGUGGUACUCAGCAGUUUUCAGCUGCUGUUACGAUGGUGGGUAAUAAACCAAAGACGGUGGUCCAGCAGCAGAGGGCUGCACUGACUCCAGGUGUGCCGACUCCUGGCAUGCCUUCAGCCAGCCCAGAGCAAGGCCUUCCUCCAACUGUGAAGCAGGAAAGCCCUCCAGCUGCUGCUGUCCGGCCCUUCACACCACAGCCUCCCAAGGAUGCCCUCCUGCCACCCUUCAGAAAACCACCAACUGUGGCAGCAAGCUCAAUAUAUUCCAUGUACACUCAGCAGCAGGCUCCUGGGAAGAACUUCCAGCAGGCAGUGCAGAGCGCACUGACCAGGACACACAGUAGAGGCCCUCACUUUCCCAGCGUGUAUGGCAAGCCUGUGAUUGCUUCUGGCCACAGUCAGCAGCAGCACCCGGAGAACAUUUAUUCCAGCAGCCAGGGCCAGCCUAGUAGUCCCGAGCUGGACACCGAGCCCACAUCAGCAGUGCAGGAGAACCAGGAGCAGGAACGGAUUCCUCGGCCCCUCAGCCCAACCAAGUUACUGCCAUUCCUCUCACACCCUUACCGAAACCAGAGUGAUGCUGACUUGGAGGCCUUACGGAAGAAACUGUCAAAUGCACCCAGGCCACUCAAAAAGCGCAGCUCUAUUACAGAGCCCGAGGGUCCGAGUGGGCCAAAUAUCCAGAAACUUCUGUAUCAGAGGACCACCAUCGCCGCCAUGGAGACCAUCUCCAUCCCGGCACACCCUUCCAGGUCCACCCAAGGGGCUGCCAGCCCAGAGAACCCCGUCGAGAUCUUGAACCCAGGCAAGGAGGGAGACUCUGUGGUUCCUGAAAUGCCUUCCCGAGAGGAGGCAGGGAGUGCCAGUCCAAAGGCAAGUGAUGUGCCAGCACCGGCUCUAGGACUUGACUGUGUGUCUGAGGGAGGCCCUGACAGCAGCCUGAAUCUCCAGAGUAACUUGGAAGAACCGAAUCUGGAGUCCCCACACCUGCUUGAAGUGUACCUGGAAGAGUACCCUCCAUACCCACCCCCACCGUACCCAUCUGGGGACCCCGAAGGCCCAGGAGAAGACUCUGUGAACAUGCGUCCACCAGAAAUCACAGGGCAGGUCUCCCUGCCGCCGGGCAAAAGGACAAACUUACGCAAAAUUGGCUCAGAGCGGAUUGCUCAUGGAAUGAGGGUGAAAUUCAACCCCCUUGCUUUAUUGCUAGAUUCGUCUUUGGAAGGAGAAUUUGACCUUGUGCAAAGAAUUAUAUAUGAGGUCGAAGACCCCAGCCUACCUAAUGAUGAAGGUAUCACAGCUCUUCACAAUGCUGUGUGUGCAGGCCACACAGAAAUCGUUAAGUUCUUGGUACAGUUUGGCGUGAAUGUAAAUGCUGCCGAUAGUGAUGGAUGGACUCCCUUGCACUGUGCUGCCUCGUGUAACAAUGUUCAAGUGUGCAAGUUCCUGGUGGAGUCUGGAGCAGCCGUCUUUGCUAUGACCUACAGUGACAUGCAGACUGCGGCGGACAAGUGUGAGGAGAUGGAAGAAGGCUAUGCCCAGUGCUCCCAGUUCCUUUACGGUGUCCAGGAGAAGAUGGGCAUCAUGAAUAAAGGAGUCAUUUAUGCACUUUGGGAUUAUGACCCUCAGAAUGACGAUGAGCUGCUCAUGCGAGAAGGGGACUGCAUGACGAUCAUCCGAAGAGAAGAUGAGGAUGAAAUUGAAUGGUGGUGGGCGCGCCUGAAUGAAAAGGAAGGAUACGUUCCACGUAACCUAUUGGGACUGUAUCCAAGAAUUAAACCAAGACAAAGGAGCUUGGCUUGA